AUGGCAACGUCAACGUCGUCGUUUCUAGGACUGAAUGGUCUGCACGUAUUUGUUACCGGUGCUGCGGGGGGUAUUGGGGAGAGGGUUGUGGAGGAGCUUUUAGACCAGGGCUGCAAAGUGACGGCCCUUGAGCUUCGUCUAUGCAUCCCAGACUCAGCCACUAGUUCAGAAAAAUGUUCUCGUCUGAAUGUCGUGACUGGCACAGUCACAGAUGAACGAUCCAUCGAAUCCAGCAUCUCUCAAGCCACCAAUCGUUUCGGUCCGAUUAACAUCUUAAUUGCCAAUGCUGGGAUCACUGACGAAAAUAAUGACCAUCCCAUCUGGGACAUGUCCCUGGAUAUCUGGGAGAAGACGUACCAGGUUAAUGCCCGGGGGAUUUUCCUGGUCAUUAAGCAUUUCCUGUGCGCUGCGAAAACUGCACAGCAGUCUCUGGGGAGAGAGCUGGAUAAUCUGGCCAUUGUCGUGACCGGGACUGGGAUAAGCAAUGGGUUGAUUCGGAGAGUGAAUAAUGAGGUCUCGCAGUUGAACAGCAGGGCUAGGAUCAACGCUGUUGCACUGGAUGAUCCAGAAAUCAUAACCCGCACCACAGCUUUCUUAUCCUCGCACCGCGCAGCAGGACACAUCUCCGGCCAAUGCCUCACAAACACUGAAGACCUAACCACCAACCCCCAAGAAACAGAAACACACCUCUCCAUUCCCCCAACCCUAACAAAACGCAACAAAAUCCGCAUCGCCAUCUCCAUCGACCUCGACGCCGUCUCCGGCUGGCUAGGGACCGGCUACCAUCCCGACAAUGUCCUAGCCGACUACUCAGCCGGCUUCUUCGCCGCCAAAGUCGGCGUCCCACGCCUCGUCCGCAUGCUCCGCAAACUCAACCUCGCAGACCGCUGCACAUGGUUCGUCCCAGGCCACUCCGCAGAAAGCUUCCCCGAGCAAGUCAACGAAGUCGUGAAAAGCGGCGCUGAGAUCGGACUCCACGGCUACGCGCACGAAGGCGCAUACCAGCUCACCCCCGAGCAGGAGCGAGACAUCCUAGUAAAAUGCAUCGGUAUUGCAACAAAACUAACAGGCAAGAGACCAGUCGGCUACAGAGCACCCCUCUACCAACUCCGCGAAUCAACACUAGACCUCCUCGAAGAAUACAACUUCGAAUACGACGCCUCCCUAACAGACCACGAUAGCCAGCCUUUCUUCGCGCCCCGCCGUCCGCCCCUGAAACCAAUCGACUACUCCCUCCCCGCGUCCUCCUGGAUGCAUCCCGUCCCUGCCCCCUCCCCAUCCGAGAAACCAGAUCGACGGCCAUUAGUCUGCAUACCUUGCAACUACUACAUGGAAGACAUGACGCCCAUGCAAUUCCUGCCGCACGUGCACAAUUCGCAGGGGUACACUGAUACGCGGUUGAUCGAGAAUAUGUGGAAGGAUCGGUUUCUGUGGAUUAGGGAGAAUGAGGAGGAGCCGGUCUUUCCGGUGCUGAUGCAUCCGGAUACGAGUGGGAUGGCGCAUGUGAUUGGGAUGAUGGAGAGGUUUUUGGGGUGGUUGAGGGGGUGGGAAAGGACUGGGGAGGUGGAGUUUUGUCAGUCUGGGGAGGUGGUGAGGUGGUGGAGGGAGAAGGAGCUUUCUACGAGUAGGACUUAG